UCACCCUUCACAUGAGACUGAAAACAGAAUAGAAAUUUUUAAAACACCUCUCAGUUACCCCAUCUCUGGGUCAGAAAAAGGCUUUAUCCGAAGGUAGUGAAUACUGAGGAGAAAAGCUGGCCUGAAAGGUUGUGGCCCCAGCUGCAAGGCUCAGUGAUCUGAGAUUUUAGGUGAUGUUACAGGUGGAAAAGCAGAUCAUGCUUUAUAUUGACCCAAAAUCUACAACACCACACAACUGUAACCAGUGAAUGAAUGAGCAGUUUUUAAAUUUGAUCCCUGUGUUUCUGAUGCUGAUAAUUUUCUAGUAGAUUUAUUUGGUACUUUGACAGUGUGUAAAGUCAGCAUGUUUCAUUAUUGCUCCCUGAAGUCAGCCCCUGCUCUGGGCUGCCAGGAUGCAUGGCAGAGACCUGCCCACAUUUUUGUAGAGGCUGGCACCAGUGUGCCAACCAGGGAUACACCAAACCCACAUUUGGAGCUGGGACCCAGCUUGUUGUUACCCCAAAAGUGACUCCAUCUCCCUCAGUCUACAGGCUGACCUCCCAAGAUGCCCAGGGUCUGGAAAUGUGCCUCAUCACCGAUUACUCCCCCGAGAAGCUGACUCUGAGCUCUGCUGAGCAGCACACCUCUGCUGUGGUGGGGGUGGCAGCUGCUGGGAGCGGCGAGGAGGAGUCCAGCUACCUGUCCACCUUCUGGGCCAGGAGGGACGAGCUGCACUGUGCCGCCAGCCACGAGGGCUUUGGAGAGCUGCAGGGAGAGGACCCUGAGAGUGGUGCCAGUGCUGUCUGUGUCACAGGGCUGUCCCUACACUUCAGGACAGAUGAACACUUGAACACCCUGUCUUUGUCACAGCUGGGCCUCAAAAUCAUUUUAAUGAAAGGAAUCAUUUUUAAUGUGCUGAUGACAGUGCUUAUGUGGAAGAAAAAAAAAGGACUGAGAGUAACCAGGUGGAGCAGUCCUGAAGUGCCAAACCCAUCUGCUUUGAGAGAGCAUCGUGAGCAAGAGGGAGCUCAGGGAUAUCCCUUGUGCAAGGACAUCCCUUGCUGCUCCGAUAUACCACCCCGGCCAUUAUAUUCUGAAUUGCUUUAUUUGCAUUGCUAUAAAACCACUCAAAGUGAAACAUUUCCAGUGUUGUGCCCUCCAGAUGUCUGGGUCGUUCAGCACACAGUGCCUCUUUUGCAUGAAGCACACUUUGCUCUAAUUAUACAUUGCCAAGUUGUAAAUGUAAAAUGUAAAUGUAAAAUGUUGACUUCUGCCUGGAGCAGUGCUGUGUGUUAAGAAUUUCGAGCUAAAUAUCAUCUGCAUGGGAAUUUUUCCUAUUUUGGUAGCUUUAGGCUAUUCAUAUCUCUUAGGAUGCACCCCCAGAAACCUUUUCAGGUGCAAAUGAAACACUUUGAAAAGCAAAGAGAGACUGGCUCAGGAUGUACUGUCCUGCCACCUUUUCCUAGAUCAGAACCAGAUAUCCUGUUUUUUCCCUAAAGGGUGAGAUGCAGUUCUCCCAGAAGUCCCAAAUUCAGUGAAAUUGUCACUUCAAUGUCACAGAAAAAAGAAAAGAAAAAUACUAUUUUUUUUAAGUCUAUCUGACCAUAACACCUUCUUAAUUUAAACUGGUUUAAGAUUUGGCUUUGUGUUUAGUAACAAUACAAACCAUUUUUGUUCUUUUUGUUUACUUCUAACAACGUGAGAUCUCCCAAGUUCUUUUUGUACCAGUUGCAUAAAAAUGUACUGAAAUAUUUACCUGUCCACGUGUGCCCACCUUGGAACUGUGCUUGCCUGUGGCACCUGCAUGCUGCUAAUUCGUGAACUGUACUGGCACCACGAGAUGUCUUGCAUUUCUUUAGGCUGUUAUAAAAAAAUUUUUACA